CAAAAGUUGAGCUGCCAACGUUGGCAGCUAGCCGAGCAUUUUCCCUCUCCCACGUCCACACCCCAAAGCCCGACAACGCAUCCGCCAUCGCAGCCUGACGGCUACUCAAUGCCCUCAUGUUGCGCACGACGUUGCGAUCCGUGAGAGCGGUGGGCACCAAGCCCAUUGCUGCUCCCACUGGCCGCCAAUGGCAGCCCUCCGCUAGCGCAGCUGCCAGGAGAUACUACGCUGAAAACAAAAAGGCUUCGAUACAAGAUGCGAACCCGCCAAAACUACCCGCUUCUGAGACCAACACAUCGCCGGCCGUAGAUGCGCCCGCUCUGAAGACGGAAGCCAAGGUCACAGCCUCCACUAUAGAUGCGAAAGCUGUCCCUCUGACGCCCCCAGCUCCGAAAGAAGCUACCCUCUCAUCGACAGGUACCAUCACUCGACAUGCACCCCCGGCUGGUGCUCCAGUCCCGGUCAAGAAGAAGGGCUUCUUCCGUCGUCUACGCAACUAUGUUCUUACUCUGAUGAUCUUGGGCGCUGUCACUUUCGGUGGUGGAGUGUGGUAUUCGCGCGUCAACGACAACUUCCAUGACUUCUUCACCGAGUACAUACCCUACGGCGAGCAAGCAGUCUUGUACUUCGAGGAAAAGGAGCUGAGGAAGCGCUUUCCCCGUGCCAUGACCACUAGUUCCAGGACUCAGGACACCGGUGCUCAGGUGAAGAUUGCUCCCCAGAGUGGUGCCUCCUGGCGGGUUGCAGACAGUGGAGAGUCCGGCGGCCGGUCCAAAAGUGCCGUUCGUGACGGUAAUAGCAACACCCCUGCAACUAAACAGGCAAAGCCCAAGUCUGAGGCCACCGCAAAGAAAGCGACUGUCGUUGCGAAGUCUGAGGAGCCACCAAAGGCUGCAGCUAUCCCUUCUGCCGCGACUUCUGCCGACAUGACCAAGAAGGCCAAAGGAGAUAAACCUGUGUUCAAGGCGCCCGAAGUUGACGAGCCCUCUCGCUUCCCUCCUGCUGGGCCAAUUGACCCGCUCAAUGUCAAAGAUGCCGACGAACCCGUGGUCCAGGACCUGGUCAAAAUGCUAAACGACAUCAUCACGGUAGUGAACGCUGACAACGCUAAUGAUCGCUUCUCCGCCACUAUUGGCAAGGCCAAGAACGAGCUCAACAAGGUCGGGUCCAAGAUUCGCGAUCUCAAGGCCAAGGUCGAGAAGGAUGCUGCCUCUCAAGUAUCUGCCAAGGUGAAUGAGUUUGAAGUCGCUGCAAAUGAGCUCGUCACCCGCGUUGAAGGCGCCAUGGCCUCCCAAGAACGUACGUGGCGUGAAGAGUUCGAGACUGAGAUGAGGCGCAUCAAGGAAGUUUAUGACUCACGCAUCAAGAAUGAGAUGGAACGCGAGAAGCUCGUUAAUGAGCAGAAACUGAACAACUUGCUACUUGAGCAGGCUAUCGAGCUAAAACGCCAAUUCAUGAAGGACAUCAAGAACACGGUCGAGGCGGAGCGCAAUGGUCGCCUGGGCAAGCUGGAUCAACUUAGCUCGGCAGUAAAGGAGCUCGAGAUGCUCACCACCGGGUGGAACGAUGUUGUUGACAUGAACCUCAAGACGCAGCAACUGCAUGUUGCUGUCGAGGCCGUCCGCGCCAGUCUUUCCGACACUGAGCACCCGCGGCCUUUUGUACGAGAGCUCGUUGCUCUCCGGGAGAUUUCCUCUGAUGAUACUGUUAUCAACGCGGCAAUUUCAUCCAUCAACCCGUCUGCCUACCAGCGUGGCAUCUCUACGCCCUCGAAUCUCAUCGACCGUUUCCGUCGUGUGGCUUCCGAAGUUCGCAAGGCCAGCCUGCUACCCGAGGACGCUGGCGUGGCCAGCCACGCUAGCAGCUGGGUGCUCAGCAAGAUCAUGUUUAAGAAAGAGGGACUCGCCGCUGGCGACGACGUUGAGAGCAUCUUGACCAGGACACAGACGUACUUAGAGGAGGGUGACCUUGACAAGGCGGCGCGGGAGAUGAAUGGACUGCAGGGCUGGGCCAAGACUCUAAGCCGGGACUGGCUUGGUGAGGUGAGGAAGGUUCUCGAGGUGCAGCAGGCACUUGAGGUUAUUUCUACUGAGGCUAGACUGCAGAGCCUUAAGGUGGAGUAAUUAGACAUCAACGCUUCGGUUAAGGUUUUCUGUGUCUUGUACAUUUGUCCCCUAAAGCAAUGAGCGUCUCUAGAGAAAACGGGAGGGUGGAAGAACCCUGUGUACUAGACUACGAGAUUAGUUGCAAUAAAGGCAAUGCCUAACUAUAGCCUGUUUUACGGAAAAGCUCAUGCUACAGUAUUCCCUGGGCUGCUUCCAAUUGGCAUAUGUAAUACUACUUUCGACGAAAGCGCAUAUGGCAAGUCAUGUGCCAAGAUCACCGCAGUGUUGGGUUUCGCAAGGUGAUGCUCAAUGGCACGGUCAGGUUUAUCCUCGAACAACAAAACGAUAUAAGCUAAUCAAGGCGUAUAACUGGGAGAACAUACUAAGGCUACAUGUUUGCCAACCACUUCCUCCCUUCCUUCUUGAUAACCCCAAUCUCAACCCAUUCACAGGC